AUGGCUAUCAAUCCGUGCUGCUGCUGGCGCAUCAAGGAUGGUGCUGUCACUGUCGGAUUGUGGUCUGUGGUGUACUGCAUAACACAGUUUGCAAUAUUCGGCUGGCAAUCGUAUGAAAUCAAAUCUUAUCGCGAUCUAGCCGCCAAUCAGCUGAUUCCUGCACACAACACAUAUUCCGAUUACCGUGCCCCCACGUACAUCGAAAAUUAUUAUCUGACACCCCAAACGCUUUUUUUCACCGGUAUCUAUUUCCCUUUGGAUUGCUUGACUGGUCAUUUUGAUGUUCAGAUUUAUUGUCUGAUGCAGUUGGCGAUAUUCGGCUGGCAAAUGGCUGCAAUAAAAUAUGAGAAAGACCGUGCAGCGGAUGCACUGCUACCGAACUAUUACGAAUAUGGCAGACUUGACAUCCCGACAUACUACGAGAGCUACUGGCAGACUCCCGAGGAGCGUUUCUAUAUCGGUUCGUGCUUCCACAUCCCGAAAACCCAUCCACUGCAUCGUUUCCUAGGAUGCUAUAAUGUUCGGUUGUUUAUCAAAAUACUGAAAAUUUCAGGAUUAUUUGUUAUUCAAAUUCUGUGCCUUAUCGUAUCAUUUUUCUUGCUCUUCGCUUCGUGUGCUCUCAUUUAUGGUGCUCAUAUUUACUCGCGAUGCUUGAUAUGGCCUUGGCUUCCGUGUAUGAUUGCCAGUAUAUUGUGCAGCCUAACCUACUGUAUUAUGUGGUGGACCGGUGAUGUUCGCGAUUACUGGUUGAUACUUACCAUUCUCGAAAUGAUCACUAUCUUCAUUAAUGUAAUUUACCUCAUACUACGUGUCAUCGCAUUACAUAAAUGCAAAAAAGGAAUCAUACCAGCAUUUUUGUUUGCAGAGCUAGAACACCCGAUUCAACCAGGUUACCGAAGAAGUGGCUCACCGCGGCGUAACCAGUACAGUCGUCUACGAGAGUACAGCACAACACAGCCAGUCCCGGUACCACCAGUAUCGCCUCACAGGACAGCUUACGAUGAUGACGAUAUGGUAUCCAGUUGGGUGCGUGAACAACAAGCUUUA